AGUACUACUUUAUAAAGGCAUAAUGACGAUUGAACUUAUGGUCCUGGGCCCUUCCAUACUUGGCCAAAUUCUCGACUUCCUCCUCUUCGACCCGACCGAAUUGGACUCAUCGAACUUCAAUCAGCCGUUACUGUCCAAGAAAAUCGCGAAUGUCCUCGAGGAUUCAGACUCGGCCGUCCCGAGGAUUCGUCGUCUGCCAAACGGUAUCGCUCUGGCAAAUCGUCGGUUGGCGUGUCUGGCUCUGGGGUGCACCGUGAGGAAGCAGCGUGAGAUGGAGGAUCUGCGUGCACAGGAAGCGUGGCAGCGCUCAGGAGAUCUGCUCAAACGCUACAGACGAGCACUUGAGGAGAUCUUCCUUAUGGCGACGGACUCUCCAUUCGGCAUACUCAUUGAAGAACGUGAAGAAUUCACCGAAGUUUUCUACAACUCGGCCGAGCUACAGUCGGCUUAUCAUCUGCGCUUCCGAGGAAAAGUUUUAUCGGAAAUGCUGGAAGGCAUAUUCCAGUAUUUGUCACCAUUAGUCGCGUCUUGGACUCAGUUGGACGACACUAACGAGGAGCUUCAGCUCUACUUCAAUACCGGCAAGAUGGGCUGUUGUUCGGUGCUCGAUAACGGCCAUUAUCUUUGCUAGUGAAACGUUACCA